AAAAAUUUUUUUUCCAAAGAGAGUUCCUAAAAGAAUUAAGCUCGGAUAUAUUUGUCCUUUGACAUCACUAUCUGUUACUCGAAACUCACAGUUUUCUCGAGUUUUCUCGGAAACCUCUUCGCUUCUGGGAGCAGAUAAUGUCCGCCGACAAAUAUCCGAACAUAUUUUCGCGCCAAAUGGAGGCUAUUGUUUAUAUGUAAAGACCCCAGUGUAAUCUCUAAUUUCCCGUUGACUCAGUAAUGAUCGUCCGAUAUCGUUUUAACCAAGACGCCCGCUCCACUAAAUAAAUGCCAUAAUACAUAGAACAGUCUAUAUUUGCAUUGAUUGCCUUUAACAUGUCAAAACCUGCUAAAAGAAGGAAAAUUGUCCAAUAGAUGUACCAACAGGUUCAGUAUUGUUCUAUCAAUGAAAAUCUCUUUUAUGCCAGAACAGUUUGGUGGCGUUAGAAGACUGUUCGAUAACUCUUCACGCGAAUUAAUGGACAUCUCUACUUUGGUAAAGAAUUUGGCAGUUGUUUUCACUGCCUGCUGGACUGGUCGUGAUGUUUUGUCUUUGGAACUCAGCUACAUGUACCCGCCAAAGAUUAUUACAGAUGAAAAUAUUUGCCUCCUGAACUGGACGUCAAGCAAAGCCGUUUGUGAGUCCAAAACACGGCCGACUAGCAAGCAGAGUCUGUACCGCUAUGAUGGAAAGGAGGUUGGCUAUGUAAGACAUGUUCACUUAGUUGCAGGGAAAACCCAUAAAAUGAUCACUCGAGCGCUCAAACCUCCUGUGUUUGAGAUACCAGACUUUUUGACCAAAGAGGAAUGCGAGCACAUCAUCCGAAAAGCAACAGAAAUAGGACUUACAUUAAGCGAAGUUAAACUACCAGAUGAAGAAACUACAACAGACAAGUUUGCGAGUGAUUGUUACGACGAUGAAUAUAGAUGCUUGAAAUGGGCCAAAAGUGGAGAAUGCGACAACAAUCCAGGCUACAUGUUAAAGAAAUGUCGACAAAGCUGUGACGUGUGUCAAGAUGAGAGGACUUACGACUUCGAACACUGGGAUCUUGAUAAAGACGGUGUUCUAACUGGAUACGAGGUAAUUCUUAUGUUUCAUAGACAUACUCUUGAAUUACAUUUCUUUGGCCACGUUUGUGACGAUCAUGAAGCUUCUUGUUUGCAACUGGCAAAGGAAGGAGCAUGUGACGCAUAUCCAACAUGGAUGUUACUGACAUGCAGGAAGUCGUGUGGAAAUUGCGGAUGUGAAGACUUAGCAGCAAACUGCUCAUCACUGGCUAAGGAGGAAAAAUGCCUUCAUGAUGAUCAUGUCAAUUGGAUGCUGCGGAACUGUCAACGAAGUUGCAAAUCGAGAAUCAUUCAAAACAUUCAAGUGCUCUGUUUGCAACGCGCAAUCUCUCUCUCUUCCCGUCGUACAACGACCACUUUCAAGACAUACUUCUCUUUAGCUCCUCAAUCCUCUCUCUGUGCGCUUGCACGCAACAAAAGGAGAAAGACCUCUGGUAAAGAGAAACUAACCUUUUUAUUUUGUGCAAUAGGUGCCAUUAACAACGACACAUACGAAAAAAUGAAUACGAAUGAAAUUUACAAAUACAUGAAGACACUGGCGAGAAUACACCCGAGACAUAGAUCAAGGUACAGCCACACCGCCUAUCUACACAGCACAAUUCCUGAUCCAGUGCAAAACAGGAUGAUCGACAGAAUUGAGAAGUUAACCCAGUUACCUCGAGUGAUCGUGGAAGGCUCAGAGUCUCUUCAGGUUGUGAAAUAUGACAAGUACGGUCAUUAUCAUGCUCAUUAUGAUUCGUCAUCCACCGGUGACGUCAAUUUGAUUUGCUGUCAUCAGACGAGGAAUAAAACCAAGCCAUGUCGCCUGUGCCGGAUGGCGACAAUUCUCUAUUACCUGAAUGAUGUAGAAGAAGGAGGAGAAACGGCUUUUAUUGUCGCUGAUAACUCAACUCUAAAUGAAUCGAUGCUGAUAUCGAAACGAGGUAAAGAAGGCGACCCUUUCAAUCUAAGUAACUACUGCCAGGAAGCCAAUCUGGUGAUUGCACCUAAACGAGGCACAGCGAUUAUGUGGUAUAAUCACCUCCUUGACUCCAACAGCGAGUGGCUUGGGGAGAGAGACCCGUACACUCUGCAUGGAGGCUGUGACGUCAGACGAGGAAGCAAGUGGAUCGCCAAUCACUGGAUAACAGCACCUUAUAAGUCCAACCAGCAUCUUCCAAGUAUAUAUCGCAGAGGAAAACGUUGAGGAGCUCCGAUUUUCAGUAAACGGUGAUCAAACGUUUUGUUACAUCUCCUAUAAAACGACGCGCUCAUGUUGCCAAUCGGCGAAUUCAAACAAGAAGAAGGAGAAACUUUCUUUACAGAGUCAAACGAUUGUCAAGGCACUGGAAUUGCUAUUUUGACAAUAAUUUCGACGAGAGGAAUUUUCCGGUAAACUUGACAAUACUAAAGUGGUUUCCGCUUGAAUGUCGAAAAUAAUUCGUAUUGGACUGGUUUUGCAUUACAUGUGUAGCACUAAAAUUCGCACCACAUUCUCAUCCAAUAUGGAAAAAAACCAUACAUGCCGUUCGAGUUUGAUUGCUUUAUGGGAAUGUUUGAUCAUUUGCCAUGGGCUGUCCUCAGAAUAAUGGAUUUGGUUGUGUUUUUACGACGCUCAAUUGAAAAACGGUUUUGGAGUGUUUUAAUAAAAAAGUGUAUCAGACCUAUUAUUACUGAUACGAAAACUGCAACGUUUCGAAGUCAUCUUGAAUGCAGCAUCUAGUAGAGAAAGAAGAUAACGGUCGAGAUUUUAGUAUAUAGCGUGAAAGGUGCAAAAGUAUAUUAAAGUGUAACACGGAGUAAUAAGAGUUCAUAAGUGGCAACAGUUAAACGCGUACGGAAUAAACUUAGAUAAAUACUUUCGCACGAGUUGAGUCCCUCUGUGUUUUGAGCUUUAUUUAUUUAUUUUUUUUUCAAAAAUAAAAAAAAAUGUUUCGUGAAUUAAACAGUGCAGUUUUCCUUGGCACUAUUUUUUUUUAACACGAAAAACAUCAGUAGACAGGUCAGGCUACUUGACGCGGUUACCUUGUUUUAAGUGCUUGCCAAUAGCAGAGGUUCUAUGCUCUUCGAUGCGCUGGUAAAGAUGACGAGUGAUAUAACAAACGUAAUCUGCAUCGCACAGAUCACAUUUGAAAUUACAAACAACAACCUAUCAUUUCUUCUUCAAAAAUACAUUGACACAUUGCCUAGAGGGCAUACUAAACAUAUCCCAUUCCUGUCCCUAAACUCUCUCUUCCCCGUUCUAUAUAAUUUUUAUUAUAUAGGGGUUGAACCCUGGCGGCGGAGGAGAGAGUACCAAGGCAAAAGAGAAAAUUGCUUUGGUCAAGGGUAAAUUGCAUACGCACAAUCAGAACUAGCCAAUCAGAAAGUGGCGUGGACGCGCGCGCUUUAUGAUUUACAUCGACAAAUUUCCAAUAAAUUGGUUUCCUGAGGGCACGCCAAGUCCCAUUUAGAAACUUUCAUUUAGAGACUAUCAACAGUUGCUCGCUGUGAAAAACUUAACUCUCCGUGAACUGUUAUGGUACAACCAAAGGGAACCAACAGGAAUUCGUAGUAUUUUCCUUCAUCAGCCAAA